GUUAUCGCCUUGUUAUCUUAACGCGUAAAAAAGACGAUCACGACCAAAAACAAUUUUAACACCCUUGUAAAAGUGUUUCGCCUAAUCAAUUCGGCCGUUAAGAUUAAAAGGAUACAUUCAUUAUCUUCGGGCUCGAUAAAUUGCCGCGUCGUUUCGCGGGAAACAUUGAUCAUUCACGAACGUAACCGCCAAACAAUUAUAAACGAAACUAGCAACCAAUUGUAAUAUAACCUUCCUAGCAAUUUACGCGCGAUCUUACCUCGCAAAAUAGGAACACGUCCUUCGUAAAACAUGUUCGUUUUCCUUGCCUGAUAAUUUUUCCCUACAUAGAAAUAGAUUGCAAAACGAGUCGAACUUUGCUGUAUAAGGACAAUUAAAAUAAGCAUAAGCUACCCGCAUACACGUGCAAACCACGGGAACCUUAUUUACGAGCAUCAAUUAACAGAACGAGUAUCACGCUAUAAUGUCCAAUUACGAUUAUAGAAUGUAUCAAUUGCACCGAGACCCGACGAAGCGCAAUAAAAAUGUCAAUUUGCAGUCGCGGUUUGUUUAACGCGAAAAUAAUUGAACAAAGUGCGUAACCGACCGAAAACACCACGGAAACCACAUUUCAUCCAAGGAAAGAAGCCUGGGUCGAUUCUGAAAAGACGAUCGCGUCUCUAUUGUCGGAUCAUAUCCCGAUCCAGAUGCAACGUUGUCAUUCAUCCUUGAUGAGGGUCUUCGAUUCACGGCGAACGCAGGCCGGCUGCAUUGAUCUCGCAGUGUGUUCCAUGGGGAGCUCGAUGCACUCUUAUUGUCGGCGAGAUUGAUCUCUAACGCGUGAUGCCCUUUCACGCGAAGCCCAGGCGAAAAAAAAAAAAGAAGAAUAAAGGAAUAGAAAAAACGGAAACGAGAAAUCACCAAACAAUACCCGGAGCCAGAUAACAGCACGAAGCGCUGACGAGGACGUAGGUGGGGAACACGAGACAUACGAUGUGGAAUAAAUAGUGGCCUGAAAUCGAGCGGAAUUCAGUCGCACCGCUGUUGUAUCAUCGUCGUUGGCGUUUAUUCGCUACAAACUUAGCAGAGAUCGUCGUGAAGUCAGCCGAUCCUACGCGCCAUCAGGAUAGAUCAAUAAGUACCGGCGUUGCGACCUGUUCGCUCUGCAUCGUCGCCAGACAUCCACGGUAGCUUCCAUCACGAGCUGCCUACGAUUCAUGAUCCUGUCGACCUAAUUCGAGGAUGAUCCCGUUGCUGUUGCUGACCCUGCUGGCUCCUGUACUCCUGGCCGAUGGAUUCAUAUUUGGCUUCGGACCGGUCACCCCCAAAGACGAAGGCAGACACGGUUUCGACGUCUAUUGGAACGUGCCCACCUUCAUGUGCCAUAAGUACGGUCUGCGGUUCGAGGAAGUGUCCAAGAAGUAUGGGAUCCUGCAGAACGCCAUGGACGAGUUCCGCGGUGAUCAGAUAGCGAUACUUUACGAUCCUGGAAUGUUCCCGGCAUUGUUGAAAGACUCGAAUGGAGCGGUCGUGGUGAGAAAUGGCGGCGUUCCGCAAGAAGGUAAUCUCACCAAGCAUCUGGAAGUAUUUCGGGAGCACCUGAUCAAUCAGAUACCGGACGAAUCGUUCCACGGCGUCGGGGUGAUCGACUUCGAAAGCUGGAGGCCAAUCUUUCGACAAAAUUGGGCCUCCCUGCAGCCGUACAAGGAUUUCUCCAUAAAAAUAGUUCGAAGCAAGCAUCCGUUUUGGGACAGUCGGCUCGUCGAACAAGAAGCGAAACGAAGCUUCGAGAAGUACGGGAAGCUUUUCAUGGAAGAGACGCUGAAGACUGCCAAGGAAACUAGACCGUUUGCCAGUUGGGGCUACUACGCCUAUCCCUAUUGCUACAAUCUGACGCCGAACCAACCCAGUCCGCAAUGCGAUAAAACGACAAUGCUGGAGAACGAUAAAAUGUCAUGGCUGUUCGAGCUGGAGGACGUUCUCCUGCCGUCGGUGUACUUGAGGUCGAGCCUAACCAGUAUCGAAAAAGUGGGCCUUGUCGCCGGCAGGGUGAAGGAGGCCCUGAGGAUAGCACGGCAGACGACGCCCAGGAAAAAAGUUCUGCCCUAUUACUGGUACAAGUACCAGGAUCAAAGGGACGCGUAUUUGAAUAAGGUUGAUCUCGAGGCCACUCUUCGGAAGAUCUCGGAUCUUGGUGCCGACGGUCUCAUCGUUUGGGGUAGCUCUAACGAUAUCAACACCAAGAAAAAGUGCCAGCAGUUCAGCGAGUACCUGAACAACGAUCUCGGCCCCAUCAUAGAUCGCGUCAAGCAAACCGCUCUGAGCUCGAGUCGGUACGACAGCGAUCCUACGGAUGAUCGAGUCGACGUCACCGUCGAUCAGGUCUGAUCGCCGGUGCUGCAAUUUUGCUAGAAAAAUGCAAAUCGUCGAGGGAGAAUCUGAACGGUCCCUAGUUUUUAAUUCUUACGUGUACGAUUACCAUACAUGACGCGCGUGGAAAAGCUGUUCGACCUUCGACGGAGAAAGACGUUGGACGGGAGGUGUGUAUCGCUGAAACCAAAGACGACUAGACGAGAUGUUACUUGGAGACGUCGCGCGACACGGCGUCGAGUAACGAUCGAAAUAAAUUUCCUACGAAAUUAUCGCUUCUUUCAUUC